AUGGAUGAAUUUGAUAAAAAUGAUAAUACUAAUAUUAAAAUGAAUCGUGAAUUGAUUGUUGAAAAUUGUAAAAUGAAGUAAAGGAAUGUCUUCAAGAGAAGUAUUAAAGUGUAGAUGUAAGAUAUUAAAUUGUUAUGCAUUCAUUAGUCUUCAUUCACCAGAAUUGAUGUGUUUCAAGAUUAACUUCCUUUAUCUCCAAAUCCACUUGUUCCUCACAAAAUUACUAAUAAUACUCCAAAACUUUAAUAAAUAUAAUUACCUUUGAUUUAAACAAUAGCUAAUUAAAUAAAUACAGAAGUUCAACCUGUUUUUAAUAAACAAAUUUAAUAGGAACAAGUAAACUAAGUUUAACUUGAAUAACCAAAUAAAAAAUAAGACGAUCAUCAUUAAUCAAAUCUCAAACCAUUUAAGUAUCACUUAAUCUAGAAUCAUUCAAUUACAUAAACUGAAUGUUGUAGAGCAAUAGCUUUUAAUAAAGAUAAUUCAAUUGUAUUAGCUACUUGUGAUAAACUUAUUAAAGUAUUUGAAUUUAAAUAAGAACUGUUGAGACAAACUCAUAUUCUAAGCGAACAUUAAGAUAAUGUUACUACAUUAAAUUUCAUGAAGAAAUCCAGUUAAUUUAUAUCUGCAAGUCAUGAUUAAUAAAUUAUAAUGUGGUCUAUGAAUAUUAAUGAUUAAUGGAUUCCCUCAUACAAGUUGAGUGGACAUUCUAAUUGGAUUUUUUGUUUAGUAUUGAACAAUAAUGAAGAUCUUAUCAUAUCAGGAAGUAGAGAUAAUACAAUUAAGUUUUGGGUGAAACAGAAUGAAUGGAUAUGUUCAUAAACUAUUACAGAUCAUAAAAAUUAAGUAUUGGGAUUAAGUUUGAAUGAGUAAUAGAAUUAAGUGAUAUCUUGUGGAUCUGAUUAGUUAAUAUUAAUAAUAGAAUAGUCAUCAUAAGAUUAAAAAUGGAAUGUGAUAUAAAAGAUAUCAAUUGAAUGCACUGGUAAUCAAUUAUGCUUCAUCAAUGAUAAUAUAUUCAUCUUUUAACGAUGUUGCAAAUUGUUCAUGGAUGUUUAUGAGAUGAAUAGUAGUGAUAAAUAGUAUGCAAAGACUAAACAUAUUCCUGUGAAAUGUGGUAGGAAUGGAUGGAAUUACUAUUUUCCUUAAUAAUAUAUAAAAUCAAAAUGUGUGGUUGUUAAUAAGAAUGGUUGCAAUGUUAAUUUGAUAUGGAAGAACCAAAAUGCUGAUUUUAUAACACAUUAAUCUAUUGAAUUUGGAAGUAGUGAUCUAUAAGGAUAAAUGAGUGAAGAUGGAGAGUAUUUGAUCACUUGGGAUAAUCAAUCAAAGGAAAUUUAAAUUAGAAAAUAUCAUGAAGAGUGA